GCCAUGGACCCUGUCACACUUCUUCUCUCCGCUGUGGUCAUCCUAUGUUUGGCCUAUGUUUAUAUCAAUCGAAAGCAAGACAAGUACAGGCAUUUCCCUCCAGGACCGAAACCUUUGCCUAUCAUUGGGAAUAUACACACAAUCGACAUGGCAAAGCCUCAUAUAACAUUUAUACAGCUGUCUGAGACGUACGGCCCUGUAUUCAGCAUCCAGAUGGGAACGACAAAGAUGGUCGUCCUAUGUGGUUAUGAUGUUAUAAAAGAUGCUCUCAUAAACCACGCGGAGGAAUUCUCUGACAGACCGAACACUCCAGUGCUUGCUAAAUUCUUAAAGGGCCACGGUCUUGCUUUAUCUAACGGCGAGAACUGGAAAGUAAUGAGACGAUUCACUCUUUCAACGUUACGAGACUUCGGGAUGGGGAAGAAAGGAAUAGAGAACAAGAUUACUGAGGAGGCUGAAUGUUUAAUACAGACAUUUAAGUCAUAUGGAGGAAAACCCUUUGAUAAUUUGCCCAUCAUCAACGCUGCUGUAGCCAAUAUCAUUAUUUCCCUACUGCUCAGUGAGCGCUUUGAAUACGAUGACCCAACCAUUCUCCAGCUCAUGAAUAUAAUUAAUGAAAAUAUGAGACUCCUGGGAAGCCCUAUGGUCAGGCUGUACAAUAUUUUCCCAUCAGUGAUGGACUGGCUGCCAGGUGAACACAGAGACGUCUUGGAAAACAAUAGAAUGUUUGAGAACUUUAUAAGAGCGACAUUUACAAAACACAGGAAAGAACUGGAUGUGAAUGACCAGAGGAAUCUGAUUGAUGCUUUCCUGGCUAAGCAGAUAGAGGGGAAGCCAGAAUCCACAUUAUAUUACCACAAUGGCAACCUGAAUGCACUGGUGUCAGAUCUGUUUACUGCUGGGAUGGAGACCACCACAACCACUCUGAGAUGGGGCCUCCUGCUCAUGAUGAAAUACCCGGAAAUCCAAAAAAAAGUGCAAAAUGAAAUUGAAAGAGUGAUCGGAUCUGCUCAGCCUCAGUUAGAGCACAGGAAGCAAAUGCCGUACACCGACGCCGUCAUCCAUGAAAUUCAGCGGUUUGGUGACAUCGCACCGGAUAGCGUCCCGCAUGCAACUUCCCAAGAUGUCACAUUCAGAGGACAUUUUAUACCAAAGGGGACCACUGUGAUGGUAAUACUAUCCUCUGUACUGAAAGAUGGCGCCUACUUUGAAAAACCAGAAGAGUUUUACCCGGAACAUUUUCUGAACACAGAAGGGCAUUUAAAGAAGAACGAAGCAUUCAUACCGUUCUCAAUGGGUAAAAGAAGCUGUGCUGGGGAAAACAUGGCUAACAUGGAGCUGUUUCUGUUCUUCACAUCACUGCUGCAGAACUUCACCUUCCAGGCUCCUCCCGGAGCUAAACUGGACCUCACCCCUGCAAUGGGUGUCACUAAUGGCCCACAACCUUAUGAAAUGUGUGCUAUACCCCGCAGCUAGAACAUGUUUUCAGUCAAGCUAAUGUAAUCCCGUUAAUAGUUUAUAUGUACAAUAGAGAUUGAUUGUUUUAUUAAUUAGAUAUUGUAUAUACUGUAUAUAAUUAAUAUAUUAAAUGACAUGAAGUGUA